GGGAAGCACUUACGCAAUGACGUGGAGGUCAGGUGGAGCAAAUAUGGCCUAAAAUUCACGGGAGGUGAAAUUAUUUGUGCCAACCAAAAGGGCACUGGAAGGCAUGGCCAGCGGUGACCGAAGGCAUGGAAAGGAACCGGCAGCGGUGGAGGAGGACAACUUCCCGGAGGGGCUGCGCGUGCUCGCCGUCGACGACGACCGCGUCUGCCUCAGGGUCCUGGAGGCCGUUCUGCGCGAGUGCAAAUACAAGCCAACGGGGGUGAGGGACGGAAGGACGGCGCUGAAGCUGCUGAGGGAGAAAGGGGAGGAUCACUUCGACCUGGUGAUCACCGACGUGCACAUGCCGGACAUGGACGGCUUCCGGCUCCUCGAGCUCAUCGGUCUCGAGAUGGAUCUGCCGAUCAUCAGUAUAAUUAAUCUCUCUCUUGCACUUGAUAAUUUAAUUUCAAGUUUUAUAGUUUUAAAAUUUCCAAAGUCCAAAGCUAAAUUUCGGGCCAUAUGUCAUGCAGUGCUAUCUGUGAAUGGAGAAAAGGCAACAAUGUACAAGGGGAUAAAGCAUGGGGCAUGUGACUAUAUUGUGAAACCCGCGGAUAUCAAGGAGAUCGGAAACAUAUGGCAGCAUGUUGUAAGGAAAAACCACGUCGCUGUGAUCCACAACAGCAGUGACAGUGAUGAUGCUGAUCAGAGGGUGGCACGACCAGUGAUUGGUAAGGGUGGCGCAAAGAGAAAGAAGUGCUCAAAGAAGAAGAGAAAUGAUGGAGAAGGCUCUGAUGAUGACAACAGAGGAAGAAGGCGGAACACCUGGAAGAAACCAAGGGUGUCAUGGACCGGUGAGCUGCACAACAGGUUCCUGGAAGUUGUCUACCGACUCGGCAUCGACAGGGCGGUUCCAAAGACGAUACUACAAAUGAUGAAUGUCCAUAACCUUAGUAGGGAGAACGUUGCAAGCCACCUACAGAAAUAUCGCUUGUUUCGAAGAGGGUCACCGAUGACCCCAUGA